CGCCUGCCGCUAGCGCUCUCGCUGCUAAUGUUUGUUUCAGCCAGGGCGACGCUAGCAACCGAGUGUCAGCAUCAUCGCGAUACACAACCAGACUGCGGGAAAUAACACGGAGACAUGGGGAAGAAACACAAGAAACACAAGCCGGAGUGGAGAACAGUAGACGACUACGAGGACAAGGCUCUUGAGAAGCCCCUGAAGCUUGUGCUCAAAGUUGGAGGAAGUGAGGUGACGGAGCUCUCCGGCUCAGGGCAUGACUCCAGCUACUACGAUGACAGGUCAGACCAUGAGCGAGAACGCCACAAAGAGAAGAAGAAGAAGAAAAAGAAGAAAUCUGAGAAGGAUAAAGACAAGUAUGGGGACGAUGACGAGCGACGGCGGCGAAAGGAGGAAAAGAGGAAGAAGAGGGAGCGAGAGCAAAAUGAAUCCGAGGCAGCAGCUGCUGCGUCUGCUGUGUCUGCCAGUGCCGGUGCCGGUGUACCUGUUGAACCUUUCACGUUGUCUAAAAGUCUAACUAUCGGCUUAGAGCCUGAAGAGAAGAAGAAAAAGAAAGAGAGGUAUGAGAUAGAGUCUGAAGUGGAUGAGUUCCACCCUAGUAUGAAGGUGGACAUGGAUCCGCAAGGAGACAGACCAAUCAGAGCAUGCAGGACACAACAAGAGAAUGAGUCUACGCCUCGUCAACAAUUGUUGGAGCACUUCUUACGUCAGCUGCAGAGGAAAGACCCCCAUGGAUUCUUCUCAUUUCCAGUAACCGACGCAAUUGCUCCUGGCUACUCAAUGAUAAUCAAACAUCCGAUGGACUUCAGCACCAUGAAAGACAAGAUCGGAGACAAUGAGUACAACACAGUGACAGAGUUCAAGGCGGACUUUAAACUGAUGUGUGACAAUGCAAUGGUGUACAACCGACCAGAGACUGUCUACUACAAGGCUGCCAAGAAACUGCUCCAUACUGGAUUCAAGAUGAUGAGCAAGGAGCGGCUUUUGGCUCUGAAACGCAGCAUGUCUUUCAUGCAAGAGAUGGAUUUCACCCAGCAGGCAGCCAUUUUGGGAGAUGAAGACCUCGCAGCUGAUGUAACCCCUCCAGAGAUUAUCCCCAUCCCGGUGGAAUCGGCGAAGAAGUCCAAGAAGCAACCAGUCAAAGACAUGAAAGAAGUCAUCAGUUACCUGUAUGAACCAGAGGGAAAUGCUUGCAGCCUGACUGACAGCACUGCAGAAGAGCACGUCCUGGCCCUGGUGGAACACUCUGCCGAUGAAGCCAGAGAUCGCAUCAACCGAUACAUGCCAAACUCCAAGAUGGGUCACUUGCGUAAAGAAUCAGAUGGCUCUCUUCUAUAUACUGUUGUAAAUCAGCUUGAUCCUGAUGCUGAAGAAGAGGAGACCCAUAAAGUGGACCUGAGUUCUCUGUCAAAUAAACUCCUGCCUGGAUUAACAACCUUGGGUUUCAAAGACGACAGGAGACACAAAGUGACUUUCCUGAGCAGUGCCUACAACACCCAGAGCCUUCAGAAGAACUCUGUGUUUCCAGACUUGCUGCCUGAUGAGGUGGACAUGCUCUAUUCAGCUUAUGGAGACGACACAGGGGUACAAUGUGCUUUGAGUAUACAGGAGUUUGUCAAAGGCUGUGGAAGUGUCACCAAGCAUUGGGUCGAUGGUCUUUUGGAUAAGAUGACCGCAGACGAUCACUCCAAAGCGGUCAAUCAGAUCCGACAGAAAAGAAACAUGAUGCUGAAACCUGAUGAAACCAAGUCCAACAUUUGUGAUAUACAGAUGGCAGAUGGCACUGGCCUGGGGGAGAGCGGCUCAGUCCUGGACUUCAUGGCAAUGAAGAGCUAUCCUGAUAUGUCUCUGGAUAUUUCCAUGCUUAACUCAUUGGGUAAACAAGUGAAAAAAGAGCCAGGGAACGAGGACAGCCAGCAGCAGUUUGAUGAGGCAGACAAACUCCUGCAGGAGUUCCAGGAUGCUCAGGCUGACAGAGUCGGCUCCAGACCCUCGUCCAACCUGUCCUCCCUCUCUAAUGCCUCUGAGAGGGACCAGCACCACCUAGGGAGCCCCUCACACCUGGGUGUCGGGGACCAGUCGGAAAUGGUUCACGAUCCCUACGAGUUCCUGCAAUCUCCAGAGCCCGAGAGCUCUGCCAACAGCUGACCGCACACACACUGCCAUUUUCUUAUCCUGGUGCUAACGACACUCGGUGCUCUGUUGGACUGUUUAAACACCGUGGAGACAGGCGGCGGGAGCAACUCAUCUGUUUUAUAGACUGAAUAUGAUUGUACAGGCUGUUUGUAGUGUAAAUGUAUGGUGGGUUUUUUUGCAUGAGUGCAACAUCUGAAAAAUAAACGAUUGCACCUGUAUUUAAA